AUGCUGCGCGAACCCCCCACAAACACCACCGUCAUCAUCGUCGGCCUCGGCAUCGCCGGCCUCUGCGCCGCAAUCGAGUGCCACCGACAAGGCCACACCGUGAUCGGGCUGGAGAAGAAGCCCAACACGCACCAGCCCGGAGACAUCAUCGGCCUGGGCACCAACGGGCUGAACGUGCUCUCGCGCUGGGCCACGGCCGAUGGCACCUCGAUCGUCGCGCGUCUCGCGGCGAUGGGCAGCCAGCUCGAGUACGUGGAGGUGUUCAGCCACGAGGGCGAACGCAAGUAUAAGAUCCCGUUUGGCAAGGACGAUCCCGCGCAGGGCCUGUUUCUGCGCCGGUCGGAUCUUGUCAGCGUGCUGCAUGAGCUUGCUGCGGACGAGCUGGGGCUUGAUCUGCGGUUUGGCGUGCGGGUUGAUGAGUAUUGGGAAGAUGGGGAAGCGGCGGGGGUAGUUUUAGAUGAUGGGACGAAGAUCGUCGGGCACUGUGUGGUUGCUGCGGAUGGUCUGUAUAGCAAGGCGCGUCCGGUCUUCACGGGUGAGGAGGUCUCGCUUGACGCGGCGGCUCUGGUGCACACUGGCGGUGCGAUCUUUCGAUCCAACUUUGAUAGCGGCGUGUUGGCGGGCGAUCCGGACGCGCAGUGGCUGUUGGAGGGCACGAAGGACCAUGACCGGCAUCAGAUGUACUUUGGGCGAGAUGCGACGAUCCUCAUGGGGACGAUCGGCCGGGGGAAGUACGUGUGGUGGAACUGCCCGCAUCGAGACCGCACAAACGAGACGGCGAACUGGGUCGAAGCCGCUUCGAUCGACCCCGUUCUUGGACUCAUCCAGGAGUGGCCCAUUGCGAAACAGCUGGCAGCGGUGAUCUCCAAGACGCCCCAGGCCAAAUGCUUCAACCAUGCUUUGGUGACCAGAGAGCCGCUCAAGACGUGGGUGUCCAGGCAGGGAGGGAUGAUUCUGAUCGGGGACGCAGCGCAUCCAUUCCUGCCCCAUACCGGCCAGGGCGCGAACCAGUCGAUCGAAGAUGCGGCAACCGUAGCCCUAUGUCUUCGACUUUCCCGGCGAGAACAGCAAGGCGAUGGGGUGAGACUGGCUCUACGUGUGGUCGAGAAACUAAGGCACAAGCGCGUGUCGGUGAUCCAGCAAGGGUCCCUCGAGGCGCAGGAAGUCACCCUUGCAGCCGAUCUGGCGGACAACUCAUCCGGCGACCGCUUCAACGCCAUCUCUCGGCCUGCAUGGGUUCACUGCUACGAUUGUAUCUCCCAUACAGGUGACGAGUUCGAGCGUGCGGCAGCUGCAGUGAAACAUGGACUGGAGUACAUCCCUACCAACGUCCCUGUGGACGGCAAGUUCCAUGCACAGGACGACUACAACAGCAUGCGUGCAGAAUGA